AAGUGGAAGGAUGAACGGCUUCGAUGGAAUCCAUCGGAACUAUUGCGGAAUUAACCAGCUCUAUCUAGCCCGAGAAGAUGUUUGGAUACCGGAAGCUUCAAUAGUAGACACAAUUUCUACAGUAGAUCACCGCGAAGAUUUCAAGAAAUUCGUCUGGUUGAACAGCUCCGGUUCAUUGGAACUCUUCGUACCAACGGUGACGUCCGUCACAUGCCAGAUAAAAAUACGAGAUUUUCCAUUUGACAGUCAAAUCUGCUCGAUCAAAGUGAUGGCGCAGACAUUCUCAACUCGCCUAUACGACAUAGAAACAAUCUACUUCAUACCAAACGCUUCUCGCCUCGCAGCAAU